CCCCGUGAGACCAUGGAGGAUCAGUUACAACGUUUAGUUGAGAAAGGCAAAGCCUUUAAAGCAAAACGGGUGGAACUGUUGGGGAAAGCAAAUCCAGAUGAGACAGCUACUUCCCCGACGCUUGAAGUUGACCAGAAAAGCGCAGAGCUGCCCUCACCCGGAAAUGGAGGUGGUGAAAGUCAUAAGGAAGGACCCAAGAAAAAGAAGAUAGUCGUGAUCAAAAAGAUCAAAGCUAAGAAAGGCAAAGACCAAGUACCGAAAGCCGCCAGGCCCACCACUGAAGGAUCACAGAAGGAAAAGGACCAGGACAUGCAGCCCACGGAACAGGACAUGCAGCCAAAGACGCCAGGUGGGGAUCAGGACAAAAAUGAUCAUGACCUUCUCAGCAAAGGGACUGAACGAUCCAUGGACACUCAAGACACAAUGCCGUACGAACCGUAUGAGGGUGCCUACUCGCAGUGGCGUGAAGAGGACGAGACCAAUUGGGACAAGUACCAAUGGCCACCUGUUGGGUGGCGUCCAAGUAAGUGGAACCAAUGCUAUUGGGACAACACAUCCAAAUGGCAUGUAUAUCACUCUUAUGACUGGGAUGCCUACAAUGCCCAACGAACGCCUUGGGAAGAUGGACCCAACAGCCCAGAUGUAUCGACCCCGGCAAAAACAAGUGUUGAAUCUGACACCACUUCGCCCCCUGCUACUGUUUCGUCAUCUGGAGGAAGUCUUUCCAGGAGUGACUCUGUGGAAGCCCUUGCCAACCAGCUGGGCCGCGCCUGGACAGGUGAUCUCGUUGAUCCAUUGUCGCAAGAUCCUGCCGUGGCAGGAGACAAAUCUACUGGCCCCAAUCUCGGUGUCAACAAUGGACAGGAAAGUGAAGUUCAAAAGCACCCAGGACAAGGAGAGAAUGAAGGAAAGAAAGAUGAAGGCAAGGAAGAAAAGGCAGAAAAGGCACGUGCAGGAGAACAUGAAGAUAAGCAAAGCGAAGAAAAACCAAAGGAAGUUGACAACAAAGAGAAUGCAAAGGAAGGAGAAAAGGAAGGAGACAACGGAGAGAAGGCAAAGGAAGGUGAAAACGGAGACGGAGAGAAAAGAAAGGAAGGAGACAAGGAAGAGGCGAUGAAAGUAGAAAGUAACCAAGAACAGCCAGGAGAUUCAGGAGGUGCCCCGGCACAGGAGGCAGAGGAUGAGGCAGAGAGAGCAAGACUGGAGGAGAUCGAAGAAAGGAGAAAAGCAGCACAUGCGAGGUAUAUGCGAUACUUCAGAAAUGUGCGAAAUCCUUCGACACCACCUGAACUGAGAAAGAUGGCGCAGGCUGCCCAUGGCAGCAAAUCUAUGAACAGUAUCUUGUACGAUGCCUGGGCGUCGUGCAGUGAGGGCCAAUGGGAGAAGAGCAAGUUUCUUGUUUCCAUCAGGGAACGCCACUCGACAACCCGUCGAGGGGUCCGCAAGUGGCUGACUGCUCCUGAAAUGGACACUCGCUUUGGGGCAGAGAACGGAAACCUUAUCAGAAAUCGGAAGCUCCUUGACCCUGAAUUGAAAGAACGUGAGACCAGAGAACACCCCGAGCUGCCAGGGAACCAGGAGAUGAUGCAGUUUUUGACCCUUGUUGAUGAUGCCCAUGAAGAAAGCCACGAAGAAGAACUUGACAAGCUGUACCAAAGUUUGGAUGAGUCGGACUCGUCCAGUUCGUCCUCGUCUUCGUCUGAUAAGAAGAAGAAAAAGAAGAAGAGUAAGAAAGACAAGAAAGAAGACAAGGCAGAAAAGGAACCAGAAAAGAAACCCAAAAAGAAAAGCAAAAAAGCAAAGAAAAGCAAGAAGGUCAAACAGGAAUCCAAAGAGCCGACCGCAGAAGAAGAGCAGAAAAAACAUGAUGCCGAGAUAAAAAAGAAACUCCUCAAGACGGCGAAGAAGGCCUUGAGUGACGCCAGCAGCAAGAUCAAGUGGGCCCUUGACCUGAAGCCGAAUCUGUCGUCGCUGAGUGAUCGCUACGCAAGCUCUGUGAAAGAUGACGUGGAAGAAAAGAUGUCCAAGCUAGAGGCUAGACCCACUAGAGCUUCCAACGACAUCCAAAAAGAAACCAUUCAGUCUGCUGGCAGGAUUGCCGGACGACCCUGCAAAAAGCUGUGGAAAGUUCCGAGGUUACAGAGGCCAUGGUGGAUGAUUGUGGGAAUGCCCGCAAGGACCUGGAGAUGGCCUGUGAACCAUUGAAGAUGAAAAAGCCAAAAAAGGCUUCCAAGUAGGUGCUAGGUCGAACUUGCCCAGG